CUAAUCACACACUACUUAGCUAACAAUCUGCACUAGUGCUCUUACCAUGGAUCUCAAGUUUUGCUCCAUGGCCUUGCUCUCUAUCUUUAUCAUACUCAGUCUAUUCACUUCUUUCACUACAUCAUCCAGAGAAACCACAUGCAACAACACUCCUUUUCCCAAAUUUUGCAAAUCUGUUAUCCCGGAAUCUGACAACAUACACAAUCAUGGCAGGUUCUCUAUUCGAAGUUCUAUUUCGAUUACAACUAAUUUCCUUUCGUUGGUCAAUCGUUAUCUUAACUCCCGAAACACAUUGCCUGAGAAAACGGUCCUUGCCCUUGAAAACUGCCAAUUUCUAGCCAAGUUAAACCUGGAUUUCUUUUCAAAAGCUCUGGAGAGUAUCCGUUCUUCGGAUUCCAUCGAGAGUUCAAAAGCAUAUGACAUGCAUACUCUGCUCAGUGCCACCCUAACCAACCAGCAGACUUGCUUUUCUGAGCUUGAUGCCCUAACAUCACCUUCAAUUCCUAAAAAUGAAUUUUUAGCCCCACUGUCCAAUGGAAGAAAGCUGUGUAGCGUGUCACUCGCUAUUUUUAAACACGGUUGGGUUAAUACAACAAGAAGAGGGAGAGGAAGAGGAAGAGGGAGAGGGAGGGAAAAUCCCGGUGAGGUGGUUCCUGAAGAUGAUGGAAAAUUGAGGCUUUAUCCAGGGGGGACUGUGGUCAAUGUGACUCAGAAGGUUGUAGUCGAUCCUAGUGGAAAUGGGAAUUUUACGACAAUCAAUGAUGCUGUUGCAGCAGCUCCAAACAACACUGAUGGUACCAAUGGGUAUUUCUUGAUUAAAGUUGUGGCUGGUGUGUAUGAAGAGUAUGUUAACAUUCCCGUAAACAAGAAAUACUUGAUGAUGAUCGGAGCAGGAAUUAAUCAGACUAUAAUUACUGGUAACCGCAGCAUCUCAGAUGGGUUGUCCACGUUCAACACUGGAACAUUCAUUGUGGUUGGAGAAGGAUUCGUUGGAGCAAACAUGACAAUCAGGAAUACAGCAGGGGCCAAAAACUUUCAAGCUGUUGCACUUAGAAAUGGUGCUGAUUUAUCAACGUUUUAUCGUUGUAACUUUGAAGGCUAUCAAGACACCUUAUAUGCACAUUCUCUAAGACAAUUCUACAGGGAAUGUGAUAUCUACGGUACUAUAGAUUUCAUACUUGGAAAUGCUGCAGUUGUUCUUCAAAACUGCAACAUUUAUCCCCGUCUUCCCCUUCAGGGUCAGUUUGAUCCUAUAACAGCUCAGGGUAGAACCGAUAUUAACCAAAACACUGGAACUUCAAUACAAAAUUGCACUAUUACACCGGCAGAAGAUUUGGCUGCCACAAAAAUUUUCCUUGGUAGGCCGUGGAAGGAGUAUUCACGAGUCGUUGUUAUGGAGUCUUUCUUGGAUAGUUUGAUUGAUCCGGCUGGAUGGAGCAUUUGGGACGGGGAUUUUGCAUUAAGCACAUUGUAUUAUGGUGAAUACAACAAUAGGGGGCCUGGCUCUGAUACAAGUAAAAGAGUUACAUGGCCUGGUUACCGUGUGAUUAAUGUGACAGACGCUGGAAAUUUUACAGUGUCCAACUUCUUAGGAGGAGAUAGUUGGCUGCCCAAGACUGGAGUUCCAUACAAUGGUGGACUACUGUAGAUGAAUUUCUUAUCACCGCGUUUCGUGAAAUUUACACUGUUAUUUUUUCUCCUCCAAUUUGUUGAUCUGUAUUUUUGAUAUCAUCUGCAACCAUUUCAUUUGUAUUUCUUUGA